CUGGUUUUUGGGCGGGAAACACCUCUCUCUCUCUCUCUCUCUUUCUCUGAGAGGCCAUCUUCCUUCGUGGGUCGUCGCUCCGCUGCUCGCAGGUGUUCGGUCGGCGACCGCUCCGAUGUCGAGGUUCGAGUACCCGAGGCUCACCCGGUCGGAGAUCCUGUCGUUCCUCGUCGAUUCCCAGAUCUUCAGCAACGUCUCGGCGCACCACCUCGCCGAUCCCACCCCGGAUUUCGUCUCCGACCUCUACACCCAGCUCCUGAUCUACCUCGACUCCUUCCAAGAGGAAGAUGGGCAAAUGGAGUUCGCGGCGCUCGAGCAGCUCGAGAACCCGGACUUCCACGUGGACUCGGUGCGUAGGAUGAACCUGUACAGCAGGGUCAAGGAGGUCGUGGCCUCUCUGCAUUGCCCCACCCAGUUCAGCCUGAAGGAUCUGGUGAAGCCCGACGCAGGACGGACCGAGAUUUUUGUCAGCGCCAUUCUCAAUUUCUGUUUCCACAAAGACAACAAAAUGAAUCUUUUAAAACCGAUAGUGGAAGAACUAAACCUCCUUGAUGAACAACAGAAGGAAUGGGAGACCAAGUUAUCCCAGCUGAAUGCAGAGGUUGCAGAGUUUAAUGAAGCCAGAGAGAGGGAAUUGCCUCUUGUUCAAGAGGUAGAUACAGAACUGAAAGAACUGCGCCAGACCAUAUCUGAACUUAACAAUCAUCAGAUGUCUUUGAGAACUAAUUAUCGGAAGUUGAAGGAGAAGAGUGGAGAAAUGGAUGUCAAGAUCCUUAGUGCGGAGGGUGGGCUUGUGCAAAGCGUUCAAGCCAAUGCAGAAUUACGCUCGAAAAUAGUCCAGUCACCUGAUAAACUUCAGGGGUCUUUGGAAGAGAAAAAAUUAGUUCGCGAAGAGGCAAGAAAUGCUGAAAACUUAGCAAAGCAAUCUUUUGAGGACAAGAAUGCCGUCAUGGAGGUUUACACUAAGGUGUUUAAAAAAUUGUCCAAGCACUUAGCGGUGAUGCAAAAGAUACAGGAACAGGUUAACUCUGCCAAAGCUAUCGAUAAAGAUGUCAAAGCACUAAAGUCUAAGCUAAGUGAUGAUGGAAUUUUGGAUAAAUCACUUGAUGCCAAGCUUGUUGAACUGCAGGGAAGAGAGGAACAAUUGGAUGAACUGAGAAAGCAGGUAGAAAAGGAAAGUCAUACCAAUUGUGAGAAAGCUACUAGAGAAGUCAAUAAUGUGAAAAUGGAAAUGGAAUCUCGGAAACAUGAAUUGGAGGCAAGACAAAGGAAGGUCGAAAGUGUGGUUGGAGAGGUGGAUUCCAUUACCUCAAGGACAAAUUUGAUAAAGGAAUCCUGUGCAGCUGAACAACAAGAGCUAUUACGUAGAUGCGAAGAUAUUAUGAAAGAGUUUCACCGAUACCUGCACUCUAUUGGAGUCGUUCUUCCAAUAGCCUAGUGGAUAUGUGGAGAUCAAUGGAGGAGUCGUGUGGUUACUAACCCAAGGGAUUGGAACAUUCCUUCGGUGCAACUAGCAUGUUGGACGGGAAAAUGCUUCUACUCUCCCUUCGCUUUCAUCUACAUAUUUGUUUUUCUAGCUUAAACUUGUGAUGGUUCUGAUGUAAGUAAAAUCUACUGCUAAUCAUGUUUAUUGGAACUACAACUGUGGAAAGAUUGCAAAUCUUCCAUUUCAUCCA